CGGUGACGUCAGGGCUGGAUCGGGAUAUUGGGAGAGCCGGAAGAGUCGCGGAGGGAGCAGCUGCGGUUUCCACAAACUGUUCUCUUUAAACGGAACCACAUCUACCGGGACGGACGGAACACCUCGGCCGACAGGAGUUAACCUUUUCCUGACAGAAGUGCGUGAUUGAAGAUGUGGAAAGCUGCUGCAGGUCAGAACAUUAAGGUGGCCAUGGAUGAAGGAGGAGACGACUGGGAGACCGACCCGGACUUCGAGAAUGACGUCUCAGAGAAGGAGCAGCGCUGGGGGGCGAAGACGGUGGCCGGAUCAGGACAUCAGGAGCACAUCGACAUCCACCAGCUGCGUGAGACCGUGUCCACGGAGCACACCAGCCUGAAGCAGAAGGAGCUGGAGAACAUGCCCAAGGCCUCGCACGGAUACGGAGGCAAGUUCGGAGUGCAGCAGGACCGCAUGGACAAGUCUGCUGUGGGUCACGACUACCAGAGCAAGCUUUCCAAGCACUGCUCCCAGACGGACACCUCCAAAGGAUUCGGAGGGAAGUAUGGAGUUCAGGCCGACCGUGUGGACAAGUCGGCCGUCGGCUUUGAGUACGCUGGUAAGACGGAGAAACACGCUUCGCAGAAAGACUACACCACCGGGUUUGGGGGGCGGUAUGGCGUGCAGGCGGACCGUGUGGACCAGAGCGCAGUGGGGUUCGACUAUCAAGGCAAAACAGAGAAACACGAGUCACAGAAAGAUUAUGCCAAAGGCUUCGGGGGCAAGUUUGGUGUUGAGACGGACAAGGUGGACAAGAGCGCUGUGGGCUUCGAGUACCAGGGCAAAACGGAGCAGCACGAGUCGCAAAAAGACUACGUGAAGGGCUUCGGGGGGAAGUUCGGAGUGCAGACAGACAGGCAGGAUAAAUCCGCGCUGGGAUGGGAUCACCAGGAGAAACUGCAGCUUCACGAGUCCCAGAAAGACUAUAAGCGUGGGUUUGGAGGGCGGUAUGGGGUAGAGGUGGAGAGGCAGGACCAGUGUGCGCUGGGCUAUGAGCACAAGGAGAGCCUGGCCAAGCACGAGUCCCAGAAAGAUUAUUCCAAAGGAUUUGGAGGGAAGUUUGGUGUCCAGAACGACCGCAUGGACAAGAGUGCAGGGUCGUUUGAGGAGGUGGAGAAGCCUCGUUCGUCCUACCAGAAAACCAAACCUGUGGAAGCUGCGGGCAGCAGCACAGGUAGCAUCAAAGCUCGCUUCGAGAACAUCGCCAAGCAGAACGAGGAGGAGGACCGGAGGAGGGCCGAGGAAGAGCGGGCACGCCGGCAGGCCAAGGAGCAGCAGGAGCAGGAGGCAGCGCGCCAGAAAACCGAGAGGGCACCCCCUGUCCACGCUGCAAGCCCCAGUCCGAGUCCCAGUCCAACCCCGAGUCCCACUCCCCCAGUUCAGCCUGCUGCAGAGUACCAGAACACUCGGGAUGUUCUGAGUGAAGCUGCUAAUGACGGAGAACCGCUCUAUGAGGAGACUCAGGACACCGAGGCCGACUACGAACAGCCGGAUCUCUACCAGAACCCUAAAGAGCCGGCUGCAGCAGAUGAGCAGCACUACGAGUACGGAGAGGACCUCGGCGUGACGGCUGUGGCUCUGUACGACUACCAAGCAGCCGGCGAUGAUGAGAUUUCCUUCGACCCCGAUGACAUCAUCACCAACAUCGAGAUGAUCGAUGAGGGCUGGUGGCGCGGCGUCUGCAGGGGUGCCUACGGCCUCUUCCCCGCCAACUACGUGGAGGUCCGGCAAUAACGGUGCUCCGUCCCCAGAUUCCUUCACACGUCUCUCUUCACCUCAUGUUCGAGCUUCAACACUGAGACGUCUCGGUCUCCUAGCUUUCCUUUUCCUCAUCGUUCUGUCAGAUCUUAGUUUCUGUGUGCAGCAGCAGACAGGAGGAGCAGUUUUCUCUGCUCUUGAAGCAGACCGAGGUAAACUUGAGGUGUUCUCAGAGCCGCAUUAAUCAGGAUGAGUUUCAUUGUAGCCUCUGCAAAAACCCAAUAAAUGAUAGGAACGAGUGAACGGCUGCUGCUGUCUGUAGCUCAACUUUAAACUAAAACUCAUCGGUGCGCUGAUCAUGGACUAGAAAGCAGAUCCUUUCCUCCAUGUUGGACUGGAGCUCCAAGUCCCUCCUGACUGAAUCUGCGCUCGAUGAUUCAUUAAAGCUUUUUCUGACAAUAACGACUGAUUAUAACGAUCGGGGUGGGGGGGCUACACAUGGUUGUAACUCGUCACCUUCCUGCAGAUGAGUAUUAUCGACGCCGUGUUUGGAAUCAUGUCCUGUUAAAUCGUACUCCAGCGUAUUUUUGUUGCCGUCGCUGUUUUCUUUUCAGAUGUGGAAAUAUUUGUUUUGCUGCUUUCAAUUCUUGGAGGUUUCUUUCUCUUAACGUUUCCUCACCACCAGGGGGCGCUUGUUGACCUCAGAGGUGAUUGACCUUUAAGAAAGCAGCAUGUUGACAGCGUCCUGCCAUGUGAAGGGGAAAAACCUGUAAUUUCUGAGACUGCAGGACAGUUAAACAGGCGUGUUUCUGUCUGAGGGCUCUCACUUUAAUUCAUCUCUGGGUUUUAUAAUAAAAGUGACCUUUUCAAAUGGAUUAUUUUUAUCUGUUUGCUUGAGUUGCAUCAUUACCUGCUUGUUCAUUUUGUUUUUUUUAAGUUUCAAUAAAUAAAGUAUGAAUAAUUCA